AGUCAGGGAAAUCAAAAAGGAAUCAAGGUUCAGUGUUCAGAGCCUGAUUUAUUCCAUACAAAAUCAAAAUCGGAAGUAGCACAAGACCUUAAAACAGGCAAAAAGAAAGUAAAUAGUCUUGAUUAUGGCAGACGGAAUUGAAUGGACCGAAGAACAUCAUAAAGGCAAAGCACUUUUAACUAAACGCAAACGGUCUUAUAGCCCAAAAGUGGAUUUGUUACCAUUGAAAAGUUAUUGCGAUUUGAGCCAGAAUGAAGUGGAUCGAGUGCAGUCGGCUUUAGAAGCCGCUUCCAAAUUGGCAAUUAAAAAGAACUACUCAAAGGCAAAGCAAAAAGUGGAAAGUCCUGCAAAAUCCCUUAAAAAGAAUGUGCAAGUUCAGGAGGUAAUAAAAACCAAGAAAGAAACUUCCAAAAUUAGAAAACAAGAUUUUAAACCUAAAAUGACAGAUUUAAAAACUGCAGAAAAUGUUACUAAGCCCCAGAAGAAGGAGGAAUGUCCUUGUAAAAUAAAACAAAAGGAUCUUCGUAAAGAGGAGUCACAGGCGCCGGGAACCUCUCAAGAACCUGUCGAUAUAAAAAAGAAUCGUCGUCUGCAAACUGCCUUGAAAUUACUUGAUUUUGUCGAGGGAAAAUGCGAUGGCAGUGAUAGCGAUUGGUCGAUAGGAUCAGCUACACCAUCAUCUGAAUGUUUGGAGGCUGUCAGCGAGGGUGGAACGAGAAGUACCCAACGGUUACAGGCCAUGCAAGAUUUGUCGCCCAGGGAUUAUUUUGGUUUCUGCCGGGAUUGUCGAUCGCGGUGCAGAAGUUGUGGAAGGCGUCCGUCAGCUGUGGCCAUAGCCAAAAAUAGAAAAGGAUAAAAUAAGUGAAAAUAACUUCAAAAUUUUUGGAAAUUUAUGUUUUUAAAAAACGAUGUAAACUAAUUUUUGGGAAUGAACAAGAUUAUAAAUAGAUAAAAACAACGAUUACCUUAUAAUAAAAAUAUUACAAAUCAGUCAAUCUA